GACUAGCAUGUCACUCCAGUUCAGUGCUUUCCUGAAGGGAGUGUGUGUUUGUCAAAUGCUGAGAAACUGGUAGCCAUUCCCAUACGUACACGAGGCAUAAGCAUUAAGCAAACCAAAGGAAGCAGAUUCCAAGGGUGCGAAGAUGGCUAGCGAAUCACCCAGCCAUACAGAUUCAGUUGCAUAUAUGGCAUCAUGUUCUAGAUCAAGAGAAUCCUAAAAUCAUCAGAUUCAGUUCAGAAGAAGAAGCCAAGCAACCGCAAGAAAGCUGGAAGUGGAAGUGGGAGUGGACGUUUGAAGUUUCGUUCCCACGUCGCAUGACAUGACGCCGCUGUUAGAGAAACAAUAAUUGGAGUUUCGCUCUCUCUCUCUCUCUCUCUCUCUCUCUCUCUCUCCAUACGUGUAGUGGCCAUCGGCCUGGCGUGAAUCUUACGCGCCUUUCGUAACAGUCGAUUCAAAUUUCGAAAAGCGAGGGUUUCUUCAGGAGUUGUUAAGAUUUGAGAGGGUCUGUGUGUGCAGACAUAUGCUUUUUUCUCUUGUUUACUAAGUAAAAAGUAAAUCAAAAGGCCAUGCAGAAGGAUCAUGGCAGCAACCCAGCAGCAGCUCCUGGACGGCUUCGGCAUCGUAGACGCACAAAUGAGGUUAUUCCAGAGGUUGGCAAGGAAAAUGGAAGACAUUUACUUGUUAAUGAUCAGAACAAAUACAAAUCAAUGUUGACUCGUGUAUAUUCAUCCAUAUGGAUGAUUGGGGGAUUUGUGCUCAUAAUCUACAUGGGUCAUCUUUAUAUUUGGGCCAUGGUGGUUGUUAUCCAAAUUUUUAUGGCAAGAGAGCUGUUCAAUUUACUCAGAAGAGCACGUGAAGAUAGACAUCUCCCAGGAUUUAGGCUUUUGAAUUGGCACUUUUUCUUCACUGCUAUGCUGUUCGUAUAUGGUCGCAUUCUUAGCCAACGUCUUGUCAACACUGUUACUUCUGACAAAUUCUUGUAUCAUAUCGUAAGCUGUUUUAUCAAGUAUCACAUGGUUACCUGUUAUUUCUUGUAUAUUGCAGGUUUUAUGUGGUUCAUUCUUACUCUGAAGAAGAAGAUGUACAAGUAUCAAUUUGGCCAAUAUGCAUGGACACAUAUGAUUCUAAUCGUGGUGUUCACACAAUCCUCAUUCACUGUAGCAAACAUAUUUGAAGGAAUUUUCUGGUUCCUUCUUCCUGCAUCACUUAUUGUUAUCAAUGAUAUUGCUGCUUAUUUCUUUGGGUUCUUCUUUGGAAGAACCCCUUUGAUCAAGUUAUCUCCAAAGAAAACUUGGGAGGGUUUCAUUGGAGCAUCUGUUACAACUAUUAUAUCAGGAUUUGUGCUUGCUAAUAUUAUGGGUCGCUAUGAGUGGCUAACAUGUCCGAGGAAGGAUUUGUCGACUGGUUGGCUUCACUGCGAUCCGGGCCCAUUGUUUAAACCAGAGUAUUUUAUGCUGCCAGGGUGGAUUACUAAGUGGUUUCCAUGUGGGGAGGUCCAAGUUCUACCUGUUCAAUGGCAUGCAUUGUUGCUAGGUCUAUUUGCAUCAAUAAUAGCACCUUUUGGAGGCUUUUUUGCUAGUGGUUUCAAAAGAGCUUUCAAGAUUAAGGAUUUUGGGGACAGUAUCCCUGGGCACGGGGGAAUUACUGAUAGAAUGGAUUGCCAGAUGGUGAUGGCUGUCUUUGCGUACAUCUAUCAUCAGUCGUUUGUUGUGCCACAAAGUUUUUCAGUAGAGAUGAUUUUAGACCAGGUAUUGAUGAACCUAACUUUCGAGGAGCUGCGAGCUCUGUACAUGAAGCUUGGGCAGAUCAUCCACGAUGGGCAUAUUGAACAGUAUUGACCGCAAGAAUUACCAGUCAUCUGUGCUUGUGCUCUCUAAUGCGUUAUUUUAUUGGGUGGUGAUGGCAAUUUAAGUGUUGCCUCGUCUGCAAUGAAUGUUGUUUGGCUGGCACUGUUCUUUUAGUGCACCCUUUGUACAGCGCGCGGUCACCCAUUGUAUGCAUAAAAUUUCCACUGCACAUCUCCACACCUCCCCUUGUGCCACGCGCGCACAGCUUCCCUUUUUUGUGCGCAUUUGAUUUCAUGUUUUUUUGGCUAGUAGUAGAUAUGUGAAUUGCAUGAAAUUGGGCCUGGUAAUUGAAUUACUUCAAAAUAA